UUAUAUUCUAUUCUUUCUCUCCAUUUGGUUUCUGCAGCUUCUCUGAUUGUCGGAGUAAAUUGAGAUAAAUCGACGGAAAUCGUGAACGAGCUAACUCUGCAGAGAUUUGAUUUAAUUGCCGGGAGUUGUUCAUAUUGUCUGGUUCUGUGAACGAGAAACCCUUAAUCCUCUUGACUUUUUCAUCCAUGGAUCCUCAACCUGAACCAGUUAGUUACAUCUGUGGAGAUUGUGGGAUGGAAAACACACUGAAGCCGGGAGAUGUGAUUCAGUGUAGGGAAUGUGGUUAUCGCAUCCUUUACAAGAAGCGAACCAAACGAAUUGUGCAGUACGAAGCUCGCUAAACAAAAAGGGCAAAAAAUUACUCAUGGAUAUUAAAGGCUAUCUAAUGGUGUUAGAUAUUAAACUGAAAUAUUGGUCUAAUGCGUUGUUUGGAGAACUGCGCUGUUUGAUAUUGUUCGUUAAGUAAUUCUCUGUAGUACUCUCCUGCUGCACUUUACUUAUAAUAUGACGCUUAUUCUAUUUUGAACCUAACAGCUAGGUUGAUCAGUACCAUUGUGCGACUUGUUUCAGUGAUUCUAUAAAUCACAGAUGCUGGAGUUGAACCUAGA